AUGUCUGCUCCCCAAGAACGGGCAGAGUCCCUCACUACCAGCGUCCGGCACCACGCCGUCGACGCCUACACCUACGCCCAGCGCUCCCUCGAUCGUGUCAUCGAUCCCGCCACGCAGCGCAAAGCCUAUGAUGCCUCGCACGCUUUAGCCUCGACACGGCCCUUUUUCUUUUCCGCCGCAGCCACACUCCUCUUCUUCUCCGCGCUGCCCAUCCUGCUCUUCGCCACCUUUGCCCUCUCCGUCGCCGCCAUGGCCGUCGGCGGCAGCAUCCUCUUUGCUCUCUUCUGGCUCGCCCUCGGCGUCCUCGUCCUCGUGCCAACGCUCGGCGUCACCACCUGCCUCGCGCUGCUGGUCUGGGCCUGGGCCGCGGGCAGCUUCGUCGUCGGCCGCGCCGCGUACCGUGCCGCCGUCUCGUGGGGUGAUGAUGCCAGCCGCCACCAGCGCGCGACGGACACGAAAGGGCAGCAGUUCAAGCAGCCGCCGCCUGUGCCGCAGGUUCGGCCCGAAAAGAAGACGGCCAACGGCAAUGGUCAUGAGGUUACUGCCACUGGGUAA